CCGAAAGCUACGGCCUGGAAUCAGCGUGGUCCUGGGAAGCGAGAGAGCGAGCUAGUGUCGGGUCGCGCCGGGCGCACAGCGCAGAGGAGGCGGGGGAGAUUGGGCAGAAAGUUCCGAAGAAGCGGCGGGCGGCGCAAGCGGUGUCCGGGAAUGCGCCCGGCGCGUGGGGCUGGAGCCGGUCCAGGCCCCCCGCAGCUGUGACAGCCUAGCCUGGCGCGAUGCUUCUCCAGCUGAGCGCCGCUUUUGAUCUUCAUCAGGACGUGGUCCCGUGGUUAGCCCAGCGUUUGUAUGCGGAGGCAGCUGCUCCGGUGGCUGGCCGGAGGGCAGGUUUAGAUCCUGUUGAGAAUAAUUAUGCAACCCUACAUGUAGUCAAUGUUGAAAGAAACGGAAAAGUUAUUUAUAGUUGUAAGGACAGUAAGAGAAAUGUCUUUUUUGGAUUAUAUGAUCUCCAAACUAAAAAAAAUGAGCAUCUAUAUACGUUUGAGAAAGAUUUGCAAGUUGUCAGUUGCUCUGUCAACCGUGAGAAAACAUUACUUGCUGUCAGUUUUGUACAAUCAGCUAAGGAAACAAGGAAUGAACUUCAACCAGCCUCUAAGAGCUUGACUUUGCUGGUUGAAAUUCAUCCAGUUAACAAUGUGAAGGUCCUGAAAGCUGUAGAUAGCUGCAUCUGGGUACAGUUUCUCUACCCAAUUAAUGAAAGAAAUCCUUUCCCAGAGAGCCAUCUGUUACUGAUUUCAGAAGAGAAAUAUAUUGAACAAUUUCAUAUCCAAGUCUUCAGGGAAGAGGAAAAUAGGGUGGUGAUUGGAAAUUCUGGUCAACUCCCAAGAGACAGAGUUGUUGAGGACUUUGUUUGGGCCCAGUGGGAUAUGUCAGAACAGAGAUUAUACUAUUUCAUCAUGAAGAAAUCAGAGAGCAUCUUAAAGUGCAUCCAGUUUUAUGCUGAUGAGAAUUUUAAGUUAAUAUUUGAAGUUCCCUUGGACAUUUCAUUCUGUGACACGGGAUUAACGCUUGUGAAUUUUGGGUAUGAAGAGUCUCAAAACCGAGAAUUAUUAUCCAAAGAUCUGAAUCUACGUGUUUUUACCAGUCACACAGGAAGUUUGUGUGUAUGUUACAACAAGAAAUUGGAUGCUAAGGAGCAAGUCUCAUAUUCAGUGUUUUACCUUCAUAAAGGGUAUAGUAAGACCUUCACUGCUGAUCUUGGGACACUGGAAUACCAAUCAAUGAAGGAGAUUACUUUUCUUAAUCUAGACUAUUAUGUGGCCGUUUACCUGCCUGGCCAUUUCUUUCAUCUUCUUAACAUUCAGCAUCCUGAUUUGCUGUGCUACAGUCUGUUUCUCACAGGCAAGAAUGAACAGAUGAGCUUGUUUCCUGAUGGUCCAUUACAAUCACUCUCAGGGGCCUUGGCUUGGGACUGCUGCUCUAGAAAGCUCUUUAGAGUGAGCUUUAACCAGUCAUCUUUAUUACAUCUCCUAUGGAGCAGCUCACUGGACUAUGAGAGGUUGGCUGUGUUGCACUGCGUGCUUGCACGGGGCAGGAAUCCCAAAGUCCUAGAAAGCCAGAUUAUUCGAUGGAUUUUUGAGAACAUGUGGACCUGUCGUGCAUUUGACCCUAUUCAGGAAUUUUUAAUUGCCUCCUUAUACUGGAAAUUGUGUCUGGAUAUAAGCAACACAGAUAAACUUCUUCCAUAUUCCUCAUUACAUUCCUGGAAUACAGAAAUUCCAGGAGUAACCUUGGUGACAGAAGAUAUCCUGUUACCUCUAAUGAAGGUGCAAAGCUUAAAGGGCUACUGGGAAAAACUGAACUCCAAUUUGGAAUAUGUCAGGAAUUCUAAACCACACUUACAGUAUAGCAACAACGUGGUCAGCAGAGAGUGGAGAAACUUAAUUUCAGAAGAGAAAAGAGGAAAAAGAAGAUCAACUGUAUAUUUCAGGAACAUUCUUGAGAAUGCUGUAAAGGUGAUUUCCAACCUGGAAACACGGACAAUUGAGCCACGAUUAGCUCCCCUCUUCCAAGAGGAAGAUAAUCAGCAGAGACUGCUAAUGGGACUGAUGGUCUCUGAACUUAAGGAGCAUCUCUUCCGAAAUCUACCUGUACAAUUUAUAGGAAAGAAGAAAAUUGAACAGUUAGUCCUGGACUAUGUUUCAAAAAUGCUGGAUCUCCUUUGCCAGAUGCUAGAAACUAGCUGGAGGAAACACAAUCUUCAUUCCUGGGUUUUCCACUUUGAUGGGCGUGGCAGUGCAGGUGAAUUUGCGGUCUUUCACACCAUGACUCAGAUUUUGGAUUCUGUGAACAAGAUGUGUGUACCUCUUCCUCCUGGCUUCCAUACUCUGUACAUGGCCCUAGGAGUCCGAUGUCUCCCCCUGCACAGCCUGCUGCGUUACAUUGAUGAUGGAGUGCUACUUCUUACAGAAACAGGGGUUCUGAAGCUCUUGAAAGAUCUGGACAAUACAGAGAAGAAUGAAAAACUAAAAUUCAGUAUAGUUGCACGUCUUCCUCCGUUUAUAAUGCAGAAGAUAAGUCAACUCUGGGAUCAUCCUAUCAAUUCUCAUAUUAUUUCAAGAAACUAUGUGAGACGGCUGCUUCAGAAGUAUAAGAGACAGUCCCUAAAUUCUACAAGUGACAAAUCAUCAUUCCUUAUUGAAUUCUUGCCUUUGAAUUAUUUGAUUGAAGUAUUGACAGAGAUGGAGACUACUCGCCAAGCUCUGAAUCCCUUUGAAGGAUGUGACAGCGUGGACACAAAAUUUGUAGAGGAAACAGCUCUGAAACAAACCAUGAUCCUCUUGAACUUACAAAAGAGUUGUGAUAACAACUGACUUUCAAGAAUUUGCCAUCACUAUUUCCAAUGGGGGGAAAACCCACAUUUAUCAUGGACCUUUGAACUGUUUUUUGGACCUAUUUACACUGAAGAAAACAUUCCCAGAUGCCCUCUAGUCAUCUAGGUGGUACAGAGCUCAGGGCCCAUCACUAAAAGUAAAUAAAUCAUGCCUUCCAUUUGGGUAAUGCAGAGCCCUUUCUAAGAGGUUGGACAUUUCAAGAAGUACUCAUGGAUACUGGCAUCUGAACAGAAGAUGAAAGGCAUGUGUACAGAAAAUUGAGACAAGAUCUAAGGAACAGGUAAAUGACCUUCCAGAUCCUGUUCAGAGAAGAGUUUCUCUUCUGCAAUGUCUGUUUUCUGAAGAACAAAUGAAGGCUUGAGAAUCCUUAUGUGGUUACUAGACACGAAAUGGCUGGGGGUUUAAACAUUUUUAACUUGGGAUAAAAUAUAUUGACAAUAUGGAGACUAGGACAGGAAAAACAAGUGACCUUUUUUUGGUAAAUAAUGUAUGAUUAAAAAAGAGUAAAAGUUAUACAUUUAAUAUGAAAACUGCUUUGAGUUUAGGAACCUUUUAUUUUACUGAUUGUAUUUAAUUCAAGCUGUCUUUCUUUUCAGUGUAGAAUAAUCUGUCAUGUUUGUAUAGUGUGCACUUGGAGUUCGUAAUUGAAAUGAUUUCAGGGAGCUUUUAUUUAAUUUUAUACCAGUGACUUUUUUGUAGUGUUUAAAAAUGUCUAUUUUGACAAAUCUUGACAUUAA